AUGGACAAAGAUGGGUACGUCGCAACUAUCAAAGAACUGGUGGCCACUGGGGCAAUGGCCGAUGUAUCCAGCGCUGUCAAGGCAAGGGUGCUUGCGGCUCUUCAUAUUUGUUCCGAGCACUCCGCCUUGACUAGCUUCCUCCGCCAGUGCGAAGUCACCGAUAUCUUCAAAGGUCUCCUCCUCCUUGACCGUCCUCGGUCCGCCAGGCAGCUUCGCAAGAAGAUUCAGCAGAUUGAAAACGAACACCCGGAGCUUAUCGUGAAAGAUGACACGGAGGAACGCUGUGGCGACGGCGGGCCACCGGAAGAACCCACGGACGAGCAGAAGAAACGCAAGCGCACUCGCAUGAUUGACGUGUAUCGCAAACGGCUCAAAGCCGUGGAGAGCGAGCUCUCUGUAGCUCGUUGUCAAAGCGGUUGGUGCUGCGAGCACAACAUGGACUCCCACAUUGACACCGGCGUCCAAGAGCAGAUCGAUUCGGCCUCGGUUUCUGGGGCAUUGGCUCGCAAGGUGAGGGAUUGGGCAAAGGAAACACUAAAGGCCGACUUUUUGGAGUUCGUCAUGUUAUCACUGCCUUCCGAGCCGUGGCGAAACGUUGCUGAUCUUGUUCAUUUCAAACCCGGCGACUUUGCAGUGCCGUACUUUCUCGCCGACGUAUUUGGGCAGAAGAUUCCAGAGGAUUCCUUUGUUGCUCAAAUGCGCGGGCUUGCAGGAAACGGAGAGGAGCUCACCGCAGCAUUCCUAAGAAUUGCUGAGAGUUUCCCUGUUCAAGUCCGACGCCAGUAUUCGUUCCUCCGCACGCAACCCAGGUUGUUGGCAGAGGCGUCCAUUGUGGAGUACCUAGCGCAACACAUCCCAUUGGAAACCGUGCUGUGGUUUUUUGAGGAGUUGUACCAGACUUCUCGAAAGUGCGAAACCAUCCUCAAGAACCGUCUGGGGAAUGAGGAGGAUGCUCUGGCCGAGUCUCUGCAGAGCAACAAGAGCAAGGCAACGUACGGGAAGUUGGUGGAGAGAAUCUUCAAGUUCGAUAGGAUGCGUCUCAAGGUUGGUGGGUUCCUGAUGCCUCUUGCCAAUCGUCGGUUGGGCGAACUGAAGGAGCGGUAUUCCGCCGUUGCCAACUUGUUGAGGGUUGCCGUGUUUGGUGAUGCUUCGGCUAGCAUGCAGCGGGCUGUUGAGGCAUCCACGAUUUUUGCCAGCAUGGUGGCUUCAAUCUUUGAUGGUGAGCUGAGUUUCUUCAGUUAUUGCUUGAUCCGUUCGCCCCAUGCCAAGCCGAGCAAUGUGGAAGAAACAAUGGCUGUGUGCCACAAGAUCCGCGCGAACAACUGCACGUCUUUGGCGGCAGCCUUGUGGCCUUACUAUGAGGCCAAGAAGGUUAUGGAUUUGUUUGUCAUGGUCACAGAUGAAAUGGAGAAUACAUCUUGGAAUGGUCACAGGUUUGCAUCUCUUCUUGCCUUGUACAAGAGGGAAGUCAACCCCAAUGCGCAACUCAUUGUUGUAUGCGUUGGGGAUGGCGAUCUCCACUUCCGAAGCAGCCUGGGCGCGAAUGGAAUUAGAUAUAAAACAAUGGUGAUUGAUGGCAGUCGUCCUGAUCUGACCAAGUUUGAUAGUCUCCUGGGCCAGCUGGCAGCCAUGUCCGAGGCAAAGGAACCCAGAGAGGGUGACAUUGGUGAAAAGGUAGCAGAGGAGGAUUCCACAAGUGGAGGCCCUGGAAGUGAUGACUUUGUUCUUGUGAAUUGA